CGGUCUCAAAAAUCUGCAAACACUCCCAUUUUCAGACCUUCCUCGAGGACAAAAGAAAAUGUCAGGCUACCCACACCCUCCUUCCGGCUACGGCUACGGCAGCGCUCCACCACCAGGCCAACCUUACGGCGCGCCGCCUCAAGGCCAGCCCUACGGUGCGCCGCCCCAAGGUCAACCCUACGGCGCAACGCCGCAAGGGCAGCACCAGACAGCCCAACCCUACAGUGCUCCGUCUGCACCGUACGGCGCUCCAUCCUCCGCACCGUACGGUGCUCCGGCAGCACCGUACGGCGCGCCUUACGCGCCAGAGAAGCCUUACAAUCCAGACAAGCCUCACAAGAAUCAAGGCGGAGGAGGCGGAGGCGGAGGCGGAUACCCGAAUCAAGGUGGAGGAGGCGGAGGCGGAGGCGGAUACCCGAAUCAAGGUGGAGGAGGCGGAGGCGGAUACCCGAAUCAAGGCGGAGGAGGCGGAGGCGGAUACCCGCCACCUGCUCAUGGUUACGGGAGCCCGUUUGCGGCUUUGUUGCCGUCGGUGUUCCCGCCGGGCACAGACCCGAACGUCAUAGCUUGCUUUCAGCUGGCGGAUCAGGACGGCAGCGGCUUCAUCGACGACAAGGAGAUGCAGAGAGCUCUGUCGUCGUACAAUGAAAGCUUCAGCUUGAGGACUGUUCAUCUUCUCAUGUACACCUUCACCCAGACCAACGCCAGGAAGAUCGGGCCUAAGGAAUUCGCUGCACUGUUCUACAGUCUUCAAAGUUGGAGGGGAAUAUUUGAGAGGUUUGACCGGGACAGAAGUGGGUUCAUUGAUGCAAAUGAGUUGAGAGAUGCACUGCUGAGUCUGGGAUUUUCUGUGUCACCUGUAGUUUUGGAACUGCUGGUCUCUAAAUUCGACAAGUCUGGAGGCAAAAAGAGGGCCAUUGAAUAUGACAAUUUCAUCGAGUGCUGUCUGACUGUUAAGGGAUUAACUGAGAAGUUUAAGGAGAAGGACAAAGCGUACACUGGUAUGGGAACUUUCAAUUAUGAGGAGUUCAUGUUGACUGUCCUGCCAUUCCUCAUUGCGUAGGUUGUUCGUUGUUAAAAGGCUUUAUGAAUUCGGGUUUUUACGGUAAUGUAAUAUCUACCUCUUUUUUUUUUUCCCCUGUUUCUUGGUGGAGUGGAUGCUGUAGCUGUAUUUUAGCUUUCAUAUAAUAAUGGUUUCAGAGUUUGGUUUUUGCAUCAUUUUCCUAUUAAAGGUUAAUGCGUUGGAAAUAAAAGUUUAUAUGUAGUGAUU